AUGGACAAAGAUCUCGGCAUAUUCGGUACCACAGUGACCAUAUCCUUUUUACAACGUAAACUUCGUUCAGUCUUCCAUACAAGAUGUUCAUUUGGACCAAAUUUCUCUAUUCAACGCAUCGGAUGCAAACAAGGUUUCUUAUCGGUGACCGUACGUCUUCAGUUCGAUUGGCAAGGUGCAAGCAGUGAUCAACUGCCGUCAAGUCUUGUUCUUAAAAUACCAUCCACGGAGAUUCUAGCGAAGAAUAUUCGAUACACAACACUCGAAGAGCUGCAAGAACAACGUGAUCGUUUGGAGGUGAUUUUGAAAGUGGGACACGCAUCUGAAACAGCAUUUUAUCAGUUGGCACGUGGUGAUGCGCAUUUGAUGGGUGUUUCAGUUCCGAGUUGUUAUUACGCACAGCAUUUUCGACGCUCAGGCUCACAGUCCGGUCUUUUGUUGUUUGACGAUCUGUGUGAUGUGGCCGCCGUUAAACCACUCUACAACGGCCUCUCACCGAGAGCACUCAGAGCCGUUUUCGAACAACUCGCAAAUCUUCACGCUUAUUCGCUCACAAACUGGACAUGGCAUGUUGGAGCGGAUAAGAUUCUACGAAGAUUCUAUGUCAUCAGAAGACCAUCUCCACCUCUCUUUCGAAAGGCAUGUAAUGAUAGUUUUCUUUGCGAACCGAAUAUUAAAAGUAGUGAUUUUCGAGAAUAUCGCAAUGACAGAUGUUUGUAUCUGGGCCUGAUUUCGUUCUUUCUUCUGCUUAAUUUUCGGGAUCUCUAUUUCCAUUUUGCGAGCUUUGGUAACGGUGUAUCAGGGCCACCACGCACCAGGAUACCGUUCCGAUUGAGUUUCCAAAAUGGUCAGCUUGUGCAUAAAGAAUUGAAAAUGAUGUCAGUGUUAACUCACGGUGAUCUUUGGACAAAUAAUAUUCUCUGGAGAAAGGUACCUGAUUGUUGUGACGGCGAAACGUUCGAUGAAAUAGUGGCAAUCAUUGAUUGGCAGAAUGCACACGCGGGCAAUGUAGCCGAGGAUUUCGUUCGUCUUCUGGGCAGUUCAGUUGAUCCAGAUGUUCGUCGAGGACAGUUAGAUCACCUAUUGCUAUUCUAUCAUCAAUGUUUACUGGCAAAACUUCGGGAAAGAAAUAUUCAUCAGAUACCGUUUACGGUUGAGCAGAUCAAACACGCUUAUGAGAGACUUUUCGGCCAGGGGCUUCUUAUAAUGUUACCAUCGCUGAGUGGACAUGCUGAUGAAGGGAAUGGUCUGCUUGGUGAGGAACACGUUCACGAAAGACAACAGCGUAUUCUUUACAGGUGUCGAUGUUUGAUCGAAGACUUCCUCAUAUACAAGCAUAAAUUACAAGAGGAACAGAACGCGAGCACCGUUUAG